AAAAAAAAAUGUACACUUAGCAUGCGGCAUCUGCUUGUUUCUUCGAACGAUUAUGUUCAAAUCAAAACUUCCUGCAAAAACAACCCGACAUCGCAGCAGCAGUUUCUAUUUCGCCGGCGAUCACUUCGUCCGUCGCCCGUUCUCUUCUUCAGCUACUUCCACUGAGAAGAACGAUCGGACGUCACAGCUCCAUGAAACAGCUUCAAAGGUCUGCGACGUAAUCCGACGGCAACCAAGGUGGGAACUUUCCUUCCGUUCCCUUUUCCCUCCAACCUCCGCCAUCUUCCACCCUAACUGCAUCAGCCUUGUCAUUCAUCACCUUUCAGAUUCCAAUCCCCUGCUAUCUUUCCGUUAUCUUCUCUGGCUCUCCUCUACGUCUUCUACAUUCUCCCUUGAUCCUGAAGCCGCCGCAUCCUUCCUAAAUGCUCUUGCGGCCUGCCGUUCCUGGAGAUCAGCCUUGCACGCAAUCCGUUUGGUGAAAGGCCUCAAUAAUGUCUCCGUCCUCGACACCUUUGUUCUUCAUCUCUGCAGCGAUACCCGUUCCAUUUAUCGCGAUAAAAACCUGCUUUAUGAGCUCCGCGACGUCGUCGAGAACCAUUCUACUAAACUAUCGCUUCGUUCAUGGAACUCAAUACUUUCUGCCUCUCUUAUAUCUGAAAAGACCGAUCUUUUCCACAGUUGCUACGCCAUGAUGAUCGCAGCGGGCACUACUCCGGACGCAUCUACUGCCGGGUACCUUAUCCGAGCCUUGUGCCGCGAUGGCGAGCCAAACGAAGCAUACCAUGUCCUCCGCGAUGUCUCCAGGAAAGGGAUCAUACCUGACGUGGUUUCAACAACUCAGUUGAUUUCCUCUUUCUCCAAAGCUGGAGACUUUGGUAGAGUUUCGGCAAUCCUCCAUCUCAUGAUCGCUUGCGGCUCCCAGCCUGACCUGUUAACCUACCAGGAAAUCAUCCACGCCCUCUGCGACGGAGCCGGCGGCGCCACCAUGGUCCACGAGGCAUUUCGUAUAUUCACUGACCUGAAGUUAAAGGGUUAUGCUUGCGACGUUGUUAUGUACACUUCCAUGAUCCAUGGACUUUGCAAGAUCUGCCGGAUGGGGGAGGCUUUAUUGCUCUGGUCGGAGAUGAUAGCCAAAGGAAUUCAACCCAACAAUUAUACCUAUAAUGCGGUCAUUAACGGUUACUGUAAGGCCGGCAAUAUGGACCAUGCACGCAAGUUGUAUGCAGAAAUGCUCUCAACUGGUUUUGAGGAGAGCACAGUGAGCUGCAACACAAUGCUUGCUGGGCUGUGCCUUAACGACAUGCUGGCUGAUGCCAUCAACUUGUUUUCUGAAAUGCCAAACAGAGGAAUCAUGCGUGAUGUGAUCACUUACAACAUUUUGAUCCAUUGCCUUUGCAAAGAAGGCAAGACAUCUGACGCGAUCGAGCUCUACUCAAGCUUGCUAGCUACGAGCAUCAAACCAAGCGUUUCGACAUACACGCCACUGAUCAUGGCUUUGUGUGAGGAAUGUAGAGCAACGGAGGCAGUGGAGCUGAUGAAGCUCAUGAAGGCUCAAGAGCUGGAGCCAUUGGUUUGCUCAAAUGAUGUCAUCAUAGCUGGGUUUUGCAAGCUGGGUGAUGCUGAGAAUGGCAUGACUUGGUUGUUUAAGAUGUUGCAGAGCAAUCUAAAGCCUCGAGCAGAGACUAUGAACAGGUUAGUUGAGUGCUUGUGUUCGCUUGGUCUAGUGGAUUAUGCACUACAGGUGGUGAAAACCACGUUUGAUAUCAACUAUAGUUUGGCAUCUUCAGUGUGCCAUGUUCUCAUCAGCAAGCUCUGUGAAGUGGAUUCUAGCCGAAGUUGUGAGCUUUUGGAUGAAGUAGUGCUGAUGGAGAGGUAAUAUUCAAAUGCUUCUUAUAUUCCGCGACUUGGUGGGACGAAUUUAUAUUUGUUGUUGUGUGGUGUCUUUGGCCAUGUCUGGGUAUGUAAUGGAUUCGGCUGCUAACUAAACGUGAAUUUAUGUUCUUUAGUCAUAAAAUAAAAUGCUAUUUUUUUUAGGAGGAUGAACA